CAGACCGGAACCGGACCGGGACUGGGGAGCAUCUCAUGUGCUUCUCCAGAUGAUAUAAAUGGGCUUUUAGUGGUGAGGAGACUGAAACGAGAGGCUUCCGGCCAUGGAGCUCAGCCGUGCAGAUCGUGCAUCUUGCUGCAUGUCCGGAUUAAAGUUUGUGCUGCUUCCAUAAACACGCCGUACAGCCGCGGAUGAGAGCGGCACCAUGCAGUACUACCGCUACAAGACGGCUGAGGUCAGCUGCUUCUACAAGUACCUGAUGUUCAGUUACAAUGUUGUAUUCUGGUUGGCUGGGGCGGCGUUCAUCGCUAUCGGCAUUUGGGCUUGGAGCGAGAAGGGGGUGCUGCUGGACCUGACCCAGGUCACCCGAAUGCAUGGUUUUGACCCCGUCUGGCUGGUGCUUCUAGUAGGUGGGGUCACCUUCCUCCUGGGCUUUGCUGGCUGCGUCGGGGCCUUGAGGGAGAACAUCUGCCUACUGAAGUUUUUCUCCACCUUGAUCGGCUUCAUCUUCUUCCUGGAGCUGACCGCGGCUGUCCUGGCCUUCGUCUUCCAGGAUACCCUGAGGGAAUGGAUCAGAGACCUUUUUCUGAGCAACAUCAAGGCGUAUCGGGAUGACAUCGACCUGCAGAACCUCAUCGACUCCCUGCAGAAGCUGAACCACUGCUGCGGUGCGUCAGGUCCUGACGACUGGAACGAGAACCUAUACUUCAACUGCGGCAAAGACAACCCCAGCAGGGAGCGCUGUGGAGUGCCCUUCUCAUGCUGUGUGCACGACCCAGCUAAUCCUGUUGUAAACACACAGUGUGGCUACGGCAUCAGAGACUCAGAUGGGGACCACAGUGAGUUCAUCAACGUCAAAGGCUGUGUGGCGGCCAUGGAGGCCUGGCUGCCGCGCAACAUCUAUAUCGUGGCUGGAGUCUUCAUCGUCAUUUCCCUGCUGCAGAUGGUGGGCAUCUACCUGUCUCGGACGCUGAUUGGCGACAUCGAAAGAGUGAAGUUCAACAUGUGAGAUGGGCAGGGCCUCUGCUGUGGCCACGCCCCCUUCAGUAACCAAUGGGGGCUCACUCUGGAGGAAUGACGCAGCAGAGCUGCGUGUUUGAUUUGACCUCCUUGCCAAAUGGACUUCGCCCUACGCGUGUGUGUGUGUGUGUGUGUGUGUGUGUGUGUGUGUGUGUGUGUGUGUGUGUGUGUGUGUGUGUGUGUGUGUGUGUGUGUGUGUCCCUCGCUGUGUUCCGUGUGACGUUAUGCAUCCUGCUCUCACUCCUGCCUGCUGAGGCCCCCAGGUGACCCCCAUCUACCUUCAUUUGACCCCGACCUCGGGGAUUUGGACCCCCCCGUGGCCCCCGGAGGAUGGCCUUGUCGGAAAGAGCUGCUCCCUGCCAGCUUCCCAUUCGGGAUGCGGCAUCUUCGGCUUCUUGGCCGCGGGACUCCUUCCCAGCGAGAGCGCCAUCUGUCUGCACCAGGACAUCUCGGUGACAUCACCUUUGUGACAUCGCCCCCCAUGGCUGGCUGUGGGUUAUAGGAGCCCGUUCUGUCCUGGGAUUGGGGCCAGCGUGGGAGGGGGGGGGGUUUACACCGCUUGGAUGGCCUGCUUGUUCUGCUUCUACGAUCCCUUGGAAAACGAGCCAGAUCUUUGGAUGUACAAGCAGGAUAUUUAUUCUUGGAACAGCCCUUAUGGGAAAUGUGGGAAGGGGAGGCCUUUCCCUGCUCCCCGCGUUUGGCCUGUUACUGACCUGCAGCUGAGAGCCAGUGGUGAUGUCACACCUCGCCUUGCCGAUGGGAGCCCCCUGCAGGCAGCAUCUGUACUGCGGGUCCAGGACAGCUGGUGCAUAGGAGCAGCCCUGACCUCUUAAAGCACAGACGCAAAGUGCCUAACUUCCCGCACUAGGAGAAUGAUCCGUGUGCAGGGCAGCGAACCCCAGCUGACUGGGAAGGUGUUUUCAGGACCUAUUCGUGCUCCAUCUCCCCCGUCCCUGUUUUGCUACUGAAAACUGCACCAUUUUUACAUUUAAAUGUGGGUUUAAGCUUCGGAGGGAGGCUCGUGUAGCUAUUGUGUUGAAUAAAAUGCUGUCUGUCUUUCCA